ACCCUAAUGCACCCCGAACGGUUCCUGUUGGCAAUGGCAAGAAACCCCAAAAUGCUGGGCCCCAAACAUCAGGGAACGGCAAGCGACCAGAAGGAGCUGGCCCAGUUGGAGGAAACGGAGGCAAGCAACCGGAGGAUGCCAGCCCAGUGCAGGGAAACAGUGGCAGGCGACCGGUAGGAACUGCUCCGGUAGGAGGGAAUGGUGGAAAUCUACCUCCCCGAAACCCACCAAGAGGAAACUUUGGGGGAGAUCCAGAACCUUCCGACGACGAUGACGACGAUAACAGUGAAUGGUCGCACGGUCGGAAGAAUUGGAGAAUGAACCGAGGCGGAAACCGGAAUUCGGCGCCGCCCGAAGACGACGAUAUGGCAGAUUCGCUCGCCAAAAUACCCUUUGAAUUCGAUAAUGCCAGGAAGCAUAACCUGCGGCAUUGGCUCAUGGAAUGCGAGAUCUACUUUGAGCAGAAGCCCAAGAAGUUCCGAACGGACAGGAACAAGGUACUGUUCGCUGGAACGUACACGUGUGGGUUGGCAAAGGAAUGGUUUAUGGAAUAUAUCGAGACCAAGAUGCUAGGCCCGGCAGCCGCGGACUACGCCACUUGGACUCGGUUCCGUCAGGAGAUCAGAAAACGGUUCCUAAGCACUCAGGAAGCUAUGGAGAAUGCAAUGAAGAUGCAGCAGUUUAAGUACUCUGCUAACAUUGGGGACUACUUGACGAGAAUGGAGAUCAUGAACCAGCAUGCUCAGAUGAAAGGGGCAUCCUAUCGCGCCGCCUUGCUCCAAGGGCUACCAAAUGAAAUUCGGGAGCGCCACUCACGCUUCGAUCCAACCGAUGACGACUCCGAGUACAUCCAACAGUUGGAACGAGCCGGCAAGGCUCAUGAAGCUUAUCAGGAGCAGAUGAAGAUGUUGGGGAAAGCAGAGUCAAGAGGGAAGGAGUCGAACCAUGGUGGGAACUCGCGGCAGAAGGAGAAAGGGUUUAAGAUCAAGGGCAGGGCUCAGACUGAGGAGAAGGAAAAAGGACAAGAUAAGAAGAGCACUAACAAGAACAAGUCGGGGAAUAAGCCAAUAUACCACGACUACGACGAAGCCACCAAAGGAGUUCCACAGCCGGUCCGAGAACAGCGAAAGACCGAUGGCGUCUGUGUACGAUGUGGCCGAAAGGGUCAUCUUUGGAAAUGGUGUCGUUCAGAUGUUAAUAGUAGUGCAUCUAUCUCCUCCUUCUCCCGAAAGCGUACCCGCGAUGACGAUGGCGACCACGAUAUGGAACCACCGGAACCCCAACCUCAGAGAAAGCGAAUGAGUGUAACGGGGGUCCUUUUUAAGAGAAAUAGAUUUGUAUAG